CAGCCGUCGGUAUAAAAAACACGUCUUGAUCCCACAAUGCACUUCUGUAACUGACCUUUUCUUCCGGUUCGCCAAAUAGAUGAGGAACAGCCAUGGGCAAGUUUCUUAAGCCAGGCCGGGUCGUUCUCGUACUCUCUGGACGUUUCGCAGGACGCAAGGCUGUCAUAGUCAAGAACCACGAUGAUGGCAGUACUGACAGGACGUAUGGUCAUGCCCUCGUAGCUGGUGUAGCCACGUACCCUCGCAAGGUCACCAAGCGCAUGAGCAAGAAGCGCAUCAAGCAGAGGUCAAAGUUGAAGUCCUUCGUCAAGGUUUUCAACUACAAUCACCUCAUGCCAACUCGCUACUCCGUUGAUGUGAACAUAGACAAGCAGGUCGUCAACAAAGAUGCCUUCCGGGACCCCACAUUGAGACGCAAAGCCAAGCGUGAGGUCAAGGGCAAGUUCAUGGAAAGAUACAAGACUGGUAAGAACAAGUGGUUCUUCACCAAGCUGAGGUUCUAAAUGCUGGGACGUCGAGAGCGAAUCUAGGGCGGUCUGUAAAUUAUGUUUUUGCUGGCGUAAGAUUAUUGGUCAGUUAAUAAAAUAAAGGCACGUACAUUUAUUGUAGUGUAAAACAAA